AUGAUUUCUCUACAAACUUCCGGAGGAUCAAGCGAAGAAGAAGAUAUGUUAUUAGCCAUACAACUAGGCGGGCUAAACUUUGUCCCGUACAUUGUAAAAACUGCUAGAGAACUAGAUUUGUUCGAGAUUAUGGCUAAGGCCAGACCUUUAGGGUCCUAUCUCUCACCGGUGGAUUUGGCUUCCAUGGCUGCGCCGAAAAAUCCACACGCUCCAAUGAUGAUUGAUAGAUUGCUACGUUUCCUUGUGGCAUAUUCGGUGUGCACGUGUAAGUUGGUGAAAGAUGAAGAAGGACGAGAGUCUAGAGCAUACGGAUUAGGAAAAGUUGGAAAGAAGUUGAUUAAGGAUGAAGACGGAUUUUCAAUUGCGCCCUAUGUGCUAGCUGGCUGUACAAAAGCCAAGGGAGGUGUAUGGUAUAAUGUACAACAUGCAAUACAAGAAGGCGGAGCAUCGGCAUGGGAGCGAGCUAAUGAGGCAUUGAUCUUUGAAUACAUGAAGAAAAAUGAGAAUUUAAAGAAAAUUUUCAAUGAAUCGAUGACGAAUCAUACAUCAAUAGUAAUGAAGAAAAUACUAGAGAAUUACAUUGGUUUUGAAGGUGUGAGUGACUUUGUAGAUGUAGGAGGAAGCUUAGGCAGUAAUCUUGCCCAAAUCCUCUCCAAGUACCCACAUAUCAAAGGCAUCAACUUCGACUUGCCUCACAUAGUCAAAGAAGCUCCCCAAAUUCAUGGCGUGGAACACAUUGGUGGUGAUAUGUUUGAUGAAAUUCCACGAGGCGAAGUUAUAUUGAUGAAGUGGAUACUUCAUGAUUGGAACGAUGAAAAAUGUGUGGAGAUACUAAAAAACUGUAAGAAAGCAUUACCGGAAACUGGGCGAAUAAUUGUAAUUGAAAUGAUAGUACCCCGAGAGGUAUCAGAAACCGAUCUUGCAACCAAGAACUCACUCAGUGCAGAUUUGACGAUGAUGAGCUUAACGUCUGGAGGCAAAGAGAGAACCAAAAAGGAAUUUGAAGAUCUAGCUAAGGAAGCUGGCUUUAAGCUCCCAAAGAUUAUUUACGGCGCGUAUUCUUAUUGGAUCAUUGAAUUAUAUCCUAAUUGA